AUGUCAUGUGUCUUUACUAAACUUCAGAAAGAAAGUUUUACUGAUAAACAUUGUGAGAUACUGUUUGGGGAGGUGAUUUCAGCCGAGGAGGCGUUCGAGUCGCUGGAUAAAGAUGAGGAUGGACAGGUAGAUUUUGGCGAGCUUAUGGAAUUUAUCCAGAGAACUGGAAUUUGUAUGUUGGAUACCUUUCAAGGUUACAGUCGUCAAGAAAUCUCCGGUUUUUCUUCCUUCGUUGAACGAGUUCAAAAUACCAUUUUACUCAAUUUAAAACGUGUCCAUACAAACAGGGGUUAUAACGCCGUGAAAGCUUUCCUUCAAUAUCACGUGAUCAAUAAAGUGAUGGUCCCGGAAGUAGAACCACGCAGAAACUAG